UGGCUCCUGCGGCGGCGCUUUCUGGUGUUGGGGAAGUCAUGGCGCUGCCCUGGUUGCAGCGCGUCGAACUCGCGUUCUUCGCUACCGCCUUCUUAUGCGGAGCCGUGGCGGCCGCGGCGCUGACCCGGACCCAGGGCUCCUUCAGGGGCAGCUGUCCUCUGUAUGGCGUGGCCGCCCUGAACGGCUCCUCUCUGGUCUUGUCCCGACCCACGGCCCCAUCCCUCUGCUCCUUUGUGGCGGGGGCCUCAGGCCUCCUGGCCCUCUACUGUCUGCUGCUUCUGUUCUUCUGGGUCUACACCAGCUGCAUCGAGGGCUCCCACAGAGGCCCUAUCGGGCUCCGCUUUGCACUGGCCACCUCAGCUAUAGCCAUCUUCCUGGUCUUAGUGUGUGCCUGUAUCCUUCGAUUUGGCACGAGUUCCCUGUGCAAAUCCAUCAUCUCCCUGAACAUGACUAGCUGCUCUGAUGCCCAGAAAACUUCAUGGAUACCCCCUGGAACCGCUGUGCAGUUUUACUCCAACCUACAUAAUGCUGAAACUUCUUCUUGGGUGAAUCUGGUAUUGUGGUGUGUGGUCUUGGUGCUCCAGGUUGUGCAGUGGAAGUCUGAAGCCACCCCAUCCCGCCCUCUGCAGAGGGGGGACCCUGAGUGGAGCUCUGAGACAGGUGCUCUUGUUGGGCCACGCCUUUCCCAUUCCUGAAGACUAACCAAAGAGUACUUCUGCAGCCAGACUCCAUGCCCAAGUGCCUGUAAUCCUCUUGCCCCAACAUGGCUUUGAUUAUGUGGGGAGCCUUAGUUUUCCCUCCAGGAGGGAACCAUGAUGACACCUCUCUUCCUACAGCUGUUUUUGUACCAGUAUUAUAUUACUUUCUUUCCUCAUCUCAGUACUGAGUUCUUAGUGUAAAGCACUGUAGGUAGGGUGGAUAAGAGUAAGGAGUGAAGGCUAAACAGAUAUGGGUCAAAAAACUCAAGAGGUACGGGCAGGUAGCUGCCCUUGGGACAACUGCUCUUUUAUUUGCUGUUAAUUCUGGGCCACCUGUGUGACCCUGGUUGUCACCCCAUCCAUAAGGUUUUUUAUUCUGAACCUUAGUGACCUGAGGUUGCUUCUUCACAAGCUACGGUAGGCACCCACAGUGUUGUCAAAAAGUUUCGUGUUGGGGAAGUGUCCAGCUUUGUCCAACAGGAAGUAGAAGCGUCGGCCUUUGACUUUCAGAGGCAACAUGGCAGGGACUUCUCCCCGGUGGGCCAUGCAAGAUACCUGGUUUAAGGGAACCGUAAAAUGGGCACCCCAACCAAAGGGGGCAUGAGUGGUGAGGGUCACUUGCUUCCCUCCAGCCCGUAGCAUCACUGAGCGCACAGAGCGGAGGGAAAAGAGAAGACCAGCACCAAGUACCAGGGAACCUGUAGGAAAAGCAAAGAUUUGGGUUUUCGCUGGAAAGCUAAGCAGCAACCCUUUCAGUGCCCCCCGAAUAAAAAUAAUUAUGAUAACA